CCACCACCACCUCCUGCCUCGCCGCCUCCCUCACCAGCACCAGCCCCUCUGCCGCUCCCUCAGCCAGAGCCCCUCGCCCUGCCUGGCCGCCCACCACA